AAAAAAUCGCAAUUUUUUUUCUAAAAAAUCAACGCGUCAGCAAAUUUUAUCUUCAAAUUUAUGAAUUUUUUUGGUAGCAGCUGCGGAAACUAAAUCAGGAGUUGGAUUUCCCAAUCUGCAAGACAUGGCGAGUCCCAGGACGCGAAGAGUGCUGCAAGAGCUGAAGCCGCAGGAUGAGAAUUCGAAAUGCUUUGAGUGCGGCACCCACAACCCGCAAUGGGUAUCCGUUACGUACGGCAUCUGGAUCUGCCUGGAGUGCUCCGGCAAGCACCGCAGCCUGGGCGUGCACCUGUCCUUUGUGCGCUCCGUGACCAUGGACAAGUGGAAGGACAUCGAGUUGGAGAAGAUGAAGGCGGGCGGCAAUCGCAAUGCCAGAGAGUUCUUAGAGGAUCAGGCGGACUGGAACGAACGGGCGCCGAUCACCCAGCGCUACAACUCCAAGGCGGCGGCCCUGUAUCGCGACAAGAUCUCCACGCUGGCCCAGGGAAAGAGCUGGGAUCAAAAGGAGGCGGAAACGCGAGUGGGCAACUCCAAUAGCUUCAGCAGUGGUGGAGGAGGAAGCUCCAAUAGCUCGCAGUCACGGAAUAGUGCAACAGGUUACGGUGGAGGCGGUGGAGGCUAUCAAAACGGCGGUGGCGCUGGGGAAAUCGGAGGCUAUCAGCAGUACCAAACGCAAGAGUUCAAGGACCAGAAGGAGGAGUUCUUUAGCCGACGGCAGGCCGAUAAUGCCUCCCGGCCAGAUCACUUGCCACCAAGUCAGGGCGGAAAAUAUGCAGGUUUCGGAUUCACACGCGAACCGCCACCGAAAACGCAAUCUCAGGAGCUCUUUGACACAACUCUGUCCACUCUGGCCUCUGGCUGGAGCCUGUUUUCCACGAACGCCUCCAAGUUGGCCAACACUGCCAAGGAGAAGGCCGUUACUACAGUCAAUUUGGCCUCCACGAAGAUUAAAGAAGGAACCCUGCUAGACUCGGUUCAAAGCGGUGUCACUGAUGUGGCCUCCAAGGUUACCGAUAUGGGCAAGAGAGGCUGGAACAAUUUGGCGGGCAGCAACAUCUCCUCCCCGCAGGGAGGCUACAACGAUCCAAACUUCGAGGACAAUGCCGCUUACCAGCGCUCCAAUUCGGUGGGUGCCCUGGGCCAGCAGAGCGGCGUAAGCGACAGCGACUGGGGUGGCUGGCAGGAGAAUGCCAACAACAAGACGCACCUGACUAGCUCCAGCUCAUACCACAACCAAUUGAGUAGCAACAGCAUGGGAGGCACCGCCACCGCCGGCCUCACCCACGACGCCGACUGGUCGGGAUUCGAGUCUUCGUCUAAUUACCAGAGUUCGGAGACCUCCUAUCAAAACGCUCCAUCGGGCGGAUCGACAGCCCGGCGGAACAUGAAACUGCAGGACACGUCGCAGAAACUAAGCGAAGGUUUCGACAAUCUGGACGUGAAGAAUGUCAAGGCGAAGCCAGCGGCAACGGGUGGCAACAAGGCCACCGCCGAGGACGAUGCCUGGGACCUGUUGAUGAACUAAGAAGCGAGUGUAUUUUUUUUUAUUCCACAUUCAGUUCGUUAUAUGUUUCCUUCUGUUAUGUGUCUUGAUGUGAGGAGGCUGCUGAGCGCGCAUUUAAUGUAAAGUUAACUGAAUAAGUUGUAUUCCCCAAACACUAUCGGCCGGCAUGGCUUCAGUUUCAGAAACAGAAUAUGCAAUUUCCAUUUAUUUCAGCAUUUUAGACCAAUUUUGUAUAGAUCUAUCUACCUAACGAAUUACUUAGCAUAAAAGAUAUAUAUACCAGCACUCUGAAGUAUGAAAAGAUGAGAAGAAAUACAGAUUAUGUUAACAAGUGUAAUGUGACUUUUAAA